AUGAGUGAAAGCGAUGAAACCAAAUCGGUAUCAUCCAUAAUAUCAGCAUCAUCUUCAUCACGUCCUAAGAAGUAUAUUUGCACAUAUGAAGGGUGUGAGAAAGCUUAUAAUCGACCAUCGUUACUAGAGCAGCAUUCAAGAACACAUAGCAAUGAUCGACCGUAUAAAUGUACAGUGGAAGAUUGUGAUAAAGCAUUUUUUAGAAAAUCACACUUAGAAACACACAUAGUAUCACAUUCUGAAAAUAAACCCUUCCACUGUUCAGUGUGUGGUAAAGGAGUUAAUUCUCGACAACACUUGAAAAGACAUGAAAUCACUCAUACAAAAUCAUUUAAAUGUACAUUUGAAAAUUGUGAAGAAGCAUUUUAUAAACAUCAAUCUUUAAGACAUCAUAUAUUAUCUGUUCAUGAGAAAACGUUGACUUGUAAAGAGUGUAAUAAGGUUUUCACGCGACCUUCGAAAUUGGCUCAACAUAAAUUGAAGCAUCAUGGUGGAUCCCCUGCUUAUCAAUGUGAUCAUCCUGGUUGCUUUAAAAAUUUCCAAACUUGGUCGGUAUUACAAUUUCAUAUAAAGCAAAUGCACCCAAAAAUUAAAUGUCCUUUAUGUGGUAAAGGUUGUGUUGGGAAAAAAGGUUUAUCAUCACAUAUGUUGAGUCAUGAUGAUUCUACCAUGAUUAAGAUUUGGACUUGUGAUUAUUGUGAUGUGGGAAAAUUUGCAAAGAAAAAUGAAUUAAUAGAGCAUUAUAAUAUUUUCCAUGAUGGUAAUAUCCCAGAUGAUUUGUUAAAGGAAACUGAUGUGAAAAAACUAGAAGAUCUACUAGACCAAGGAUCCAAAUUAAAUAAUUUGAAUGAAUUACAAAAAGUAAAAUCAGUCAACAAUGAUGAUGAAGAAUAUGACUGUCUAGACGAAAGAAGAAGUGAUGCUAGAUCAGAUUCAGUAUCAGCUCGAAGAUCAAUCAAGUCAUUUACUGCUUCUUUGGAAGAUUCAAAGAAUAUUUCUCAACUUAUUCUGAAUAGUGGGAAAAUCAACUGUCCUAAAAAUAAUUGCGACAGAUUGUUUUCAAGGGAAUAUGAUUUACGUAGGCACUUGAAAUGGCAUGAUGAUAACUUGCAAAGAAUUGAAUUAUUCUUAAAUAGUAUAGAAAAAGAGGAAACUCCAGAAGGUGAACCUUUGGCUAAAAAAGCUAGGAUAGAUUUACUAUCCAACGAAACUUCAGUGAUUUCCCGAUAA